GAGGCUGAAAUACAUGUGGUUAUGAUGGAAAACACGUUUUUGAGGAAGUUAAAAUUAAAAGGGUGCGCAGAAGAUCCGACAGUAUUAUUGGGAUGUGGUUUAAAAUAAUCCUAAUAAAUAACCGGAACAUCCAAGAGUUUUCCAAGGACACGAAGAACUAAACCUUCGGUCUAUAAUUGACAUCCCAGGAAGUGAAACGUUUGUUGGGCUCCAUAGCACUGCCUUGGAACACAGGUGAUGGCUGAGCACAGCAGCAGCCCUGAUUGGAGGGUCCAGGCUGGCUCCACCCUCCCUCAGUGACAGGAUGACUCUGCCAGAGAGCACUACCAUUCUCAUUCAUCUGAGCUUCCCCAUGGAAUGGAAUCAGUCUGACUCCAGACCAGAGACACCUGGCAAGGAGAAGAACUGGCCUGCCCUGCUCAUCUUAGUGGUCAUCUUCUUCACUGUGGCGGGCAACAUCCUGCUCAUCUUAGCUGUGUCUCUGGAGAGGAAGCUGCAGAAUGCCACCAGCUUCUUCCUGCGCUCCCUGGCUGUGGCAGACAUGCUCGUGGGCUUUCUCGUCAUGCCGGUCUCACUGAUUAACAUUCUCUAUGACUACCUGUGGCCCUUCCCCAGACCCCUUUGUCCCAUCUGGAUCUACCUAGACGUGCUGUUCUCCACAGCAUCCAUCAUGCACCUGUGUGCCAUUUCACUGGACCGCUAUGUGGGCAUCUGUAACCCCAUCCAACACAGCCGCUCCAACUCCCUCUCCAAGGCCAAGGCUAAGAUCGCCCUCGUCUGGACCAUCUCUAUAGUGAUCUCCAUGCCCAUCCCUGUGAUUGGCCUGUAUGAUGAGGGGAAGGUGUUUGUCAAUGGGACCUGUGUACUGAACGAGCACAGCUUCGUCCUGGUGGGCUCCUUCGUAGCCUUCUUCGUCCCUCUGGUCAUCAUGGUGAUCAGCUACUGUUUGACUGUGCGGGUGCUGCAGUGCCAAGCCUCUGAUUACCUGCAUGGAGGCGAGGUUUCGAUCAACCGGCCUGCCUUACUCAGGAUCACCAUAAGGCCCCCCGCAGGGGACAGCCUUAGCCUCCUCAAACAGGACCCUAGUCAUGAGGCCUUGCCAGCUAUUGCUGCCUCCAAUAUUUCCGUCUCUCAAGCCUCCUUGCAACCCAUCUCUCCAGCAGGGAGGCAGGAGCCAGGGGGACCUGGCGGGAGACCUGGCAUGGCUCAAUCAAUCAAAAAUGAGAGGAGAGCUUCCAUGGUCCUGGGUGUGGUGUUUUUCCUCUUCCUGAUUAUGUGGUGUCCAUUCUUCAUCACCAACGUGCUGAGUGUGUUGUGUGAGGACUCGAUAAUAAGCCUGUGCAAUAAGCCUGUGUUGGCAGUGCUCCUAAAGGUCUUUGUUUGGGUGGGAUAUGUCUCCUCUGGUGUCAACCCAUUGGUCUACACUCUAUUUAACAGGACCUACAGACAGGCCUUCCACCGCUACCUACAAUGUAUCUACCACAGCCCACCAGCCAAGAGCACCCCAGCCAACCCUGUCUUUCCUGUUUAUGCCGUCACCCCUAGACUCUGCAGGAAAGAUGCCAACGACUGUAACUGUAACAGCCACAAUGGGAAUAUUAAAGGCAGAAUGAGGUUGGAGAGAGAGGAAAACAGAUCUGGGAUGCUAGAGAAGUUGGCCAGUGUCUCUCCCACCCCCACUGAGCAUGUCAGCUGUGUCUGAACUAGCUAGUUGGCCUCCUGUCUUUCCCCUCCUGGCUCUGUCUCUACAUACAAAACAUUGUGGUGACAAAGCCGUUGCUUCAUGUAACUGCUUGGAUUUUCCACCUCCACUCCCUAUUCAAACACAGGAGAUGUACUCAAUGUCUCCCUGCCUGAACCUGUAAAUAUGAGAUAUGAAAUAGUGUACAAUGCUGUACAAUAUGACUAAAGACAUUGAUACUGUAUGUGUCAAACUUUGACAUUUGCAUUACAUUUAGUGAGUAAUAAGUGCAUACUCAGUGUGGUAAUUGUAAUGAAAUGUGCAUUAACUGCACUACUGUUUGCAUCUCUCAUAACAGGGCUGUGAGAGGUCACAGAUGGCUUUACAGGAAAACUACCUGAUGUAUCUCUCUAAUCAUAGAGCCACAGUGCCACCAUGUGGGAAUAUACAGGACAACACAUAAACAUUUAAUUUCUUACUAGAAGGUGUUCUUUUUCUGCCUGUCUGAGAGAUUCAAGUUACAGAUAUUAAUAUAGCACUUGAAGGGGAAACAGACAAGGAGAUGUUUCACUCCUCAUUCCCAGAGGACUGUUACUAUUUUGGUUAAUAUUUCUGACAGAUUAAUACUUUUUCGCAGUUCUAACAUUUACAUUUACAUUUACGUCAUUUAGCAGACGCUCUUAUCCAGAGCGACUUACAAAUUGAAACAUGUAAUAUAAAUAAUGAAGUUACAACAUUUUCUUAGAUUACCCAUUUGAUUUUCUUAUUUUGUGGUGAUGUUCAUAUCAUGAUGCACCAACAGAUGAUUGUCCGGUACUGACACAGUGUAAAUGAUCAUGCACAUACUAUUAUUGUAGUGGAUUUUAGAUGUACAAUAUUUUAAUAAAUAUUGUCUUCCAAGUUC